AUGAGUAGUGUUGAAAACAUGAUCCCGUUUUGCACUCAACAACACAUACAACUCAAUGACAUAUGGGAUGGGAAUGAUUUUGGUGAUAGUCUUGAGCGACAACUGUUGCGCCACUCUUUGCCACUCAUCACUCGCGCGGAUCAGUUGUCCAGAGAUCGAGAGCGACACCACUCGAAGACAUCACCACACGAUAUGUGUGCGAAGACAACGACCACAAUGUGGCCAUCGAUGGUGGCGACUGUGAUCUCAAUGCUCGUCGUGUCAGUGAUGGUGACCACCGCUGCCUCGCGAGUCAUACCAUCGGAAUAUAAUGUGAUCGAAGCUCAAGACACCAGUGGAAAGGCAUCCAAGAAGUACUGUAUACUCGACUACACCGACGACAAGAACGUCACUCAACACCAGAAACGGAACCAAUUCUUGGACUUAGACUUCGGGCACUACGACAGCAAUGUCUGUCCACAACCCGGAGGACAGCCUCCGGAUGUCAAUCACUACACGGAUGGCAAAUAUGUUGUCAUUAAAUACUCCACUGAUUGUGAUAUCAAUGAACAAAUAGAUUACUUCCAGAAGUGGGCCAUCAGUGGUCUGUUUGUAUCCAUCGGCUGUUCGGUGGACAUCGGCACCAGUAUUAACAUAACGAAUGACACGCUGUUUGACAAUAAGUUCAGCGUUUCGUUGAUAUCCGACACGAGUGUCCACUCAAUACAAGACCAUCACUUCAGUCGUGUGAAGCUGUUUGACGUACAGCCUGUCGAUGAGGGCCGGUAUGGCUUCGACUACUCUAUUAUCUGUAUCUGGCUUUUGGCCACUUUUACGGUCUGUUUGGGCGCCUUCUGGUCCGGAACCGUUCGGCUCAACAUUUUCCAUAUGAAUACACAAAAGACUAAAACCAGAUCUGAAACUGAACCAAAGGAAGCGUCGCCUAAAUCGGGCGCCGAAGAGGAAGCGUUUAUCAAUUUGUCGCCAUUCCUGGUGUUAGGCUUUGUACUGCUGAUGGCGUUAAUGCUAUUACUUCUCUACUACUUCUUCCAGUACUUGGUUUAUGUGAUUAUCUUCUUAUUCACGUUGGCGUCGAUGGCCUCACUGUUCGCAUGCCUGGAGCCGGUGGUGCUCUACCUGUGCCCCCAGUGGCUCACCCGUCCGGCGUUCAUACUGUUCAGCGUCCGGUGCGGCAAAAUGUAUUACUACCAGUCGGUGCUACUGGUGCUGUCUAUAGCCGUGUCCGUCACGUGGUUUGUGCUCCGGAAGGAGCCGUACGCCUGGAUUCUUCAGGACCUGUUAGGCGUGUGCUUCUCACUCAAUAUGUUGAGGACUAUACGACUGCCCUCUUAUAAGAUAUGUGUUAUACUGCUGUCGGCGCUCUUUUUCUACGAUAUAUUCUUCGUGUUUAUCACACCAUUGAUUACAUCCAGAGGCAAUUCAGUGAUGGUAGACGUGGCCACUGGCGGCUCGUCGGGUAAGUCCCGGUGCGGAACACCCGGCGAACAGAUACCAAUGGUUAUGCGUAUACCGCAUAAGAUAUUUAAGUCGCAAAACAGUACCAAUCCGUUGGACGUGUGCUUCGCAAGUGUGGACUCCCUGUUGGGCUUCGGCGACAUACUGGUGCCCGGACUACUCGUGUCCUAUUGCUACGCUUUCGACCUUAUAUUCGACAUUAAGUAUAGGAUAUACUAUACGUCCACUUGUAUUGGCUAUGGGUUGGGACUCAUCGCCACUUUUGCCGGACUGUAUUUAAUGAGUGGUAGCGCACAGCCGGCGCUGCUAUAUCUGGUGCCCUUCACCACAAUCCCGCCGAUACUGAUAUCUCUUUACCGGAAGGAGUUCCGGAAGCUAUGGAUG